AUGGAGUCUCCACUAGGUUUUGCGUCAACCUUGUUCUUUGCUUCCCUGUUCUUGCUUCUCUCUUCCCCUUCACCCACAAAUGCAUCAACUCGUUUAGUUGAAUCUGUGUGCAAUGAAGUAGUAGGCAUUUUGAAAGGCAGCAACUCUGAAUGCUUGAAAGCUCUUGAGUUGGAUCCUCGAACCGGAUCGGCGUCCACUUACGAAGUGCUUGCCCCGAUCGCUAUUGAUUUAGCAAUAGCAAAUGCAAAGGAUAGCGAAGCUUUCAUUAAAAAUUUGCUCAAGAACAACUCUAGCAGUGAAGCUAUAAAACAGUGUGCAGAUUCAUAUAAUAUAGUGGUAAGGGAUUUUGUAGGUGCCAAAGAGGAGCUGAAGGAGGACCCUUUGUCGGCCAACUAUGACAUCAAAAUUGCCGGCGACAAUGUCCGUGAUUGUGAGAACGCAUUGAGUUCUAAAGGGCUUCAAGUUCCUGAAAUAGCUUCUAGAAACCAUGCAAUGUUCUUAUAUAGUAAUAUUGGAUUUGUUAUCACUAAUCAUAUUGAUUAA